AUGUCUGCACCAUGUCGGCAGCCUGCCCCAUCUGGGCCUUCUCCAGAUUCCUCAAGUCUCAGUUGCUUUUAUGACUCAGUGGAGAUUCUCUCAUGCACUUGGACCCCGAUGAAAAAUAUCACUGAAGCACAAUGUCAGCUCGAGGUUCGACUUGAGUCAACGUCUGACAGGUACAAAGGACCGGAGACAUGUCAACUGCAAGGUAUAGCCAACAGGAGCUGUGAGCUGAACGUUUUGAAAUUUGACAUGACUAUUACACACGCUAUUCAUGUGGAAGUUUAUUGCCAUACUGGGCAGAACUGGACGUGGAUGCAGAAUCAAAGGAUGUGUCCUUUUCAGAACCUUCGACUGCGGUCUCCUUGCAACGUCCAAAUGGAAAAUGACGAGAAGCUUUCCUACAAUUUAACUUGGAAGCUCUGUGCUCUCUCACAUUAUUUAGAAAAUGAGGUGGAGUACCAAAUACGAUAUAAAAAAAUAGAUCCUAGCAAGGCUUACAUAAUCGGCUCCAAUAUUCAGGAUCAGAGGUGGAUGAAAUUUGAGACUCUUUCUCCUGACACAAUGUAUGAGGCCGCUGUUCGUGUGAAGGUAAAAAAGAGCACGGCUCUUUACAAUAGCACAUGGAGCAAAUGGAGCAUGCCUGUAACAUGGACGACCCAUAAAGGGGAUGCAUCGUCUCCAAGUCUGCUCCUGACAGUUCUUCUCACCCUUUUGGGGAGUCUCGUCUUCAUCUUCCCCAUCUUCAUCGCCAUUUUCCUGAGGGGCAAAUCACCGGCAUCAAAACGUUUAAGGAAGGUGCUGAAGAUCCAUUUGCCAGACCCUGCUGAGUUCUUCCCAUCUCUCACUGCUGUCCAUGGAGGAGAUAUCCAGAAGUGGCUCUUCCUCACCAGCGCCCAUGUCUUCCUUUCUACCUGGCUGCAGCAGUUCCAGAUGUUUCUGUGCCUUGAGGUGAUGCAGAAAGGCAGUCAAGAGCCUUGCCUCCUCCUUCCCAAGGAACAUCCUACUAAUACGGACGCACCAGAGACUAGUGGACAUUCUUCAUCCAGCUGCUUUACCAACCGGGGCUAUUUUUUCUUCCACACCGAUGAUUCCCUCGAGAUUGAGCCCUGCAAGGUCUAUUUCACCUACGACCCUCUUACUCAAGAGAUCAGUGGCAGUGAGGACAGCGACCCUGACUCCUACAAAGUGCUCCAUGAAACUUGGGACAACCGGUCGCCGCCACCUGCCUACAGCAUCACGGCAGACCAGGAGAGUGAGUCUUUUCUGCAAGAAGCAAAGGUCCCAAACCAGAAGAAAUUUGACAUGACUAUUACACACGCUAUUCAUGUGGAAGUUUAUUGCCAUACUGGGCAGAACUGGACGUGGAUGCAGAAUCAAAGGAUGUGUCCUUUUCAGAACCUUCGACUGCGGUCUCCUUGCAACGUCCAAAUGGAAAAUGACGAGAAGCUUUCCUACAAUUUAACUUGGAAGCUCUGUGCUCUCUCACAUUAUUUAGAAAAUGAGGUGGAGUACCAAAUACGAUAUAAAAAAAUAGAUCCUAGCAAGGCUUACAUAAUCGGCUCCAAUAUUCAGGAUCAGAGGUGGAUGAAAUUUGAGACUCUUUCUCCUGACACAAUGUAUGAGGCCGCUGUUCGUGUGAAGGUAAAAAAGAGCACGGCUCUUUACAAUAGCACAUGGAGCAAAUGGAGCAUGCCUGUAACAUGGACGACCCAUAAAGGGGAUGCAUCGUCUCCAAGUCUGCUCCUGACAGUUCUUCUCACCCUUUUGGGGAGUCUCGUCUUCAUCUUCCCCAUCUUCAUCGCCAUUUUCCUGAGGGGCAAAUCACCGGCAUCAAAACGCUUAAGGAAGGUGCUGAAGAUCCAUUUGCCAGACCCUGCUGAGUUCUUCCCAUCUCUCACUGCUGUCCAUGGAGGAGAUAUCCAGAAGUGGCUCUCCUCACCAGCGCCCAUGUCUUCCUUCUACCUGGCUGCAGCAGUUCCAGAUGUUUCUGUGCUUGAGGUGAUGCAGAAAGGCAGUCAAGAGCCUUGCCUCCUCCUUCCCAAGGAACAUCCUACUAAUACGGACGCACCAGAGACUAGUGGACAUUCUUCAUCCAGCUGCUUUACCAACCGGGGCUAUUUUUUCUUCCACACCGAUGAUUCCCUCGAGAUUGAGCCCUGCAAGGUCUAUUUCACCUACGACCCUCUUACUCAAGAGAUCAGUGGCAGCGAGGACAGCGACCCUGACUCCUACAAAGUGCUCCAUGAAACUUGGGACAACCGGUCGCCACCACCUGCCUACAGCAUCACGGCAGACCAGGAGAGUGAGUCUUUUCUGCAAGAAGCAAAGGUCCCAAACCAGAAGGUGGGAGGUUGUCCAAGGACUCUUCCAUCAGCAGAGAGCUUUCCCGUGACAUCAGAAGUGAAAGAGGGUGAGAACAAAGAAGGGAGUGAGGCCAUUGUUCACCCCAACAAAUCUCCGGAAAAGUAUUCCAUGGACUUUUCAUGUGUCUGGGAGCCGUCUGGCAGCAAUACUGAUGGAACAGAAGCAAUUGGAAGGGUAGACCCUUCUACAGGCUCUGUGGAAGACAAUGGGCCUGCAUUUCCCCAGCCUAUGAUUCAGAACUCAGGCCAAGCCAAUGAUCUCUGCAGAGCCGCAUCUUCCAGCCAGGUGCUGAGUUCUUCGGAGGCCUACCUGACCCUGAGGGAUCUUCAGGGCCAUUAUGGCCAUCACUCGGUCUGAACUCUGAACCGGCCCUGAAAGCAAGAAAGCAUCAACACCAUAAGUUAAACGUCAUCAAAGAAAAUGAAAGGGAACAUAAGGCUUUUAACAGGCAAUGGGACUUACAUUUUAUCUCUCCUCUCCCCCUCUCAUUAUGCAAUAGUGACCCCCACCCUGUAGUAUUGGGAAGCCAGGAGAGCAACAGAGCCCCACCCUUACUGCCUCACUGGAUGCUACUGAAGUAUAAGGAGAGGGUUUUGAGGUGCUGUAAGGGGUGGGUUUAGGGGGGGCUAGCUGUAAGGGGGAGGGGGUUGGUGAGUUAUAAGGGGGCAGUGAGCAAAGAGGGCAGGGGACAGCCCCUAGUAGCUAAUGAAAAUGGUAAUAGGAACCAGAUUUAUGACACAGGGUGGGAAGCAUAUGGCUGCAUUUUAUCUUGAAAGUGGUUACCCAGAAACUUAUAAAUGGAGCCCAUUGCCAUCUGUUAAUCCAUUUUCUUGAAUAAAUUCUUGAAUUUUGGGAGCAUGUGAUAUGUCACUAUGGCAUGUCUUUCCCACAGAAACCUCUGCUUUCUCCACGUGGUACAACCUACUGUGGAUAACAUGGACAAUGGCAUUCUUGUGCCCAUUUGGUAGCAAAGAUCCUACCUCGGUACAGUGGUACCUUGGUUCUCGAACUCAAUCCGUUCUGGAAGUCCGUUCGAUUUCCAAAACAUUUGCAAACCAAGGCGUGGCUUCUGAUUGGCUGAUGGGCCCCAGAAACAAUGCCAACAACCAAAACGGACAUUCAACUUCCAAAAAAUGUUCACAAACCGGAACGCUUAUUUCUGGGUUUGCAGCAUUCAGGAGCCAAUUUGUUUGGAAACCAAGCAGUUUGGGAACCAAGGUACAAGGUAGUGAAUUGUUGUCUACAGGUCUAAAAGAAUCCUAUAAGUCUAUGAAGCUCCAGUAGAACAGCACAUGCCCAGUAAAUUGUUGCUCAAGGAUGUAACUGAAAAUUUUCUGGUGCUUUUUAUUAUAUGGGUUUAUACCUUAUUGCUACUACGAAAGAAUCUGAUGCACUGAAGAUGUGAGGUGCAUUACCUUCUGCUGGUCUAUAAAAUCUUCUGUAAUUCCAUAUGUUAAAAACAGAUGAACAUAGUUUACUGAAGUCAUUGCAGCAUUUUAGCUAAGAGUAUUGAGUUGUAUUUGAGUAGACCCACUGAAAUGAAUGAACCUAAGUUUGUCGUGUGUAUUAAGUGGGUCUUCUCUGAGUAGGACUAGCAUGGGAUACAACCCAUUAUUUGUAUCUCGGCUGGUUGUUUUAAAUUGCUUUCAAUGUUUGAUUAAUUGGGGUUAUCUUUCUUUUUGCAAUUUAAGCUUCGUUACAGCAAAGGGAAAGGGCUUACUUCUAGCAAUAACUUGUCUUUCAAAAUACGGCGACUUUGAAAGAAUCCCAAUUUCACCCCAAUUGUUGAUUUUAAAUUUUCCCUUGUUGGAUGUGCAUAUGCCAUUGAUGUUCAUUAUAACAAGAUCCCAAAAUUUAAUGAGCCAUUCUCUUAGAUGUAGGGCAUCUUUUGCAGCAGUCAGCAUAUUGCGGUUGUGCUACCAGGACCGUGUGAAAGAGUAAUGUUCCUUUGUCUCUAGGCACUGCUUCCUUUUUUAAAAAAAAACCCUUUAGGGUUUAGAGGCAAAUGAAGGUCCAGAAUCUUCUUGAACAUCUACAGAAUGUGGAUCCGGUAGCUUCUUGCUCAGAAUGUAGUUUGGGGGGUGUACUUUUAGUUGUAUAGCUUUAUACCUGGAGGUUGCUACAAGACAGCACUAUGGGCUACAAAUGUGAGGCAGAAAUUCCAUAGAUUAAAAGUUUUGUUAAGCUUACGCAGAUGCAUGUUGAAUAUUGCAAAGCAUACGCAGACUGUCCAGAAGCAGUCAGUUGCAAGCUGGCAGGAUGAAGCAGGAACAAGACGCUGCUACUAGUAACUUGGUUACUUAGAGGUUUAUUACUUACAGCAGACUCACAAGUUACUAUAUACAAGAUACAGACACGGAUCUUAACUCUCUCUCUGAACAAACUCCAACUAACUCUCAAACAACCACUGACCAACCAACACAGGAAAGUCAUGAGUCACCAUGCCUAUAUGGGUGACCUUAUCCAAUAGCAGAGUUGUAUCCAAGGUUCCAUAUCACUAGGCAGAAUAGCUCCCCCUGCUCAGUCUUUCUGGCCUUCAGCCUACUCCUUAAUUGCUUCUGUGGGAAGCUGCAUGUAGGCAAAGUCCCAACACCCCCUCACAGCUUCCCACAAGGUCGCUUAACUGGCCCACUCAGUCAGCUCCCGUGAGCCGCACUAAACCAGUGCAGAGCAGAGCAGGGACCACCUUCUGCGGUGCUGGCCAGUUUCUCAUUGGCUGCAGGAAGCUCUUGCAGCCAAUGGGAAGCUGCGCACGCCUCCUCCGCGCUGGAAGGAGCGUCAGAAAUAGCAUUUGCGCAUGUGUGCGUACACACACACACACACACUCCAGCCCACCGUGGCAUCUGCAGGACCAUGAACCAGCCCAAGCCACAAAAACUUUGCCAGCCCCGGUGUAUGUGAUAAAGUGUAACCAUACCAGGGUGAAGGCGUCUUCUUCUAUUUGUCCCCGUGUCAGUUUCAGUUUGUUGUAUUUUUA